CUGUCUGUCAGCAAGUUACAAAGGUAUCUUUUUAUUUGGGGUUUGCUGACGUUUUUUGUGGGCACCCUGAGAAACAACAUGAAGGAUUAUUAUUAAUGCAUGGGACAAUUCUGGACAAACCUGAUUCUCAACCUGUUUCUCAGGAGUUCUCCCAAGGCUUAUUUUCUUUUCAAUACUUUUUUUAAAAAAUCCUUAAAGAUGUGGACCUUCUUGGGAAUAGCCAGCCUCACGUACCUUUACAAGAAAUCCAACACAGUGUUAUCUUACGCUCACAAAGAUCUCGUGAUGGUGGCAGCUCUGUUCCUGGCCGUCGGGCUGCUGCUGGUGUAUGUCAGGUAUAUCCACAGCCACACACUCAGAGUCUCUCAGGUGUUGCAUUUCCCUCUGAGACUGCUGUCCUGUGUGCCUCUUAUCAACCAUGUAGUCCCUCAAACUUCAACACAGAGCAGCGAGAAAGCAGAAAACAAUUUAAAAAAGAGCCGCAGAACAAGGAGAAGAGUACAAGCAGAAGAGUCCUCUGCGUCACAGAGUGCCUCAGAGAGUGGCUCCUCAGGGGCCCCAGAGCCAGACGUGGUGAUAGUGGGUGCCGGGGUCCUGGGCUCAGCUAUGGCCGCCGUCUUAGCCAAGGAUGGAAGGAGGGUGACGGUGGUGGAGAGGGACCUGAAGGAGCCGGACAGGAUAGUGGGGGAGCUGCUGCAGCCCGGAGGAUUCAGGGCCCUCAGAGAGCUGGGCCUCGAGGGCUCGGUGGAAGGUCUGGACGCCCACCAGGUGAACGGCUAUGUAAUCCACGACAUGGAGAGCAGCACAGAGGUGGAGAUCCCCUACCCCCAGGGGCAGGACAGCAUCCACUGCGGACGAGCCUUCCAUCAUGGCCGCUUCAUCAUGGGCCUGAGGAGGAGCGCCAUGGCCCAGCCAAAUGUGACAAUGUUAGAAGGCACCGUGACCACUCUGCUGGAAGAGGACGGCUGUGUAACUGGAGUCCAGUUCAGAGAUAAAGAAACCGGAGACAUCAAGGAGAUCCACGCAGGGCUGACUGUGGUGGCCGAUGGGUGCUUCUCCAAAUUCAGAAAGAGUCUGGUCGCUGAGAAAGCUCAAACCUCCUCUCACUUUGUGGGAUGUCUUAUGAAGGACUGUCCCCAGUUUAGAGCCCACCAUGCUGAGCUGGUGCUGGCCAACCCGAGCCCGGUGCUGGUCUACCAGAUCUCCUCCUCAGACACCAGGGUGCUGGUGGACAUCAGGGGGGAGAUGCCCCGCAACCUCUCAGAGUACAUGGCUGAGAACAUAUACCCUCAGCUGCCAGAGCACUUAAAGGAGCCUUUCAUGGUGGCACUACAGAACGACCGCCUUAGGUCCAUGCCUGCCAGCUUCCUGCCUCCCUCUCCUGUCAACAAGCCAGGCGUUCUUCUCCUGGGCGACGCUUACAACAUGAGGCACCCUCUGACGGGGGGGGGGAUGAGCGUUGCUCUUAACGACGUUCGCAUCUGGAGGAGUCUGCUCGGUAACAUCCCAGAUCUGUAUGACGACAAGGCAAUGCUGCAGGCAAAAAAAACAUUCCACUGGGAACGCAAGUCAUCACAUUCUUUCGUGGUGAAUGUGUUGGCCCAGGCCCUGUAUGAGCUGUUUGCAGCCACAAACGAAUCUCUUCAUGAGCUGAGAAGAGCCUGCUUCCACUACUUCAAGCUUGGUGGAGAGUGCAUUAACGGGCCCAUCGGACUCCUUUCUGUGUUGACACCUAAACCCAUGAACCUUAUUGGACACUUCUUCGCCGUGGCGAUGUACGCAAUCUACUUCAACUUCAAGACAGAGCCGUGGAGCACCAAACCUCUAGCUAUAUUCAAGAGCGGAGCCAUCCUGUACCGAGCCUGCACCGUCAUGUUUCCUCUCAUCUACUCUGAACUCAAGUACCUGGUGUACUGAGCGCAGCUGUGCGUCCUCACACAGACACCACACUCAGUCUUCACAGAGAUGGCUGACUAAAGGGACUUUCUAACUGUGCUUCUACAAUAUGCCUUGCCUUACUGCAGAUUUCAUCUCCUCAAUGUCCUACUUCAAUUUGGACAUAUUGUUUAACAUUGCAUCAGUGUAGUCCUGUUUGUGCCCACCCACAGUUUGUCCUAUGCUGAAAAUGACAGUACAGUGUGUUAUCUCACAGCCUGAAUUACACUGAAUAUUUAACACUGGGAGUAUUCUACAACAGAACCACUAUGUUAAACAUGGCAUCUGAAUUGCAUAUUGAUUUUGCGAUAGAGCCACUUUUCCUGCUGAGCUAAUUAGGGCUGCACUAUAUAUGUGAAUCCUUGUGUAAUGAUCAUUUAUAACACAAAUACAUCAUUAAUAAUCAGAAGCACUUAUUAUAAAACACACUUUCUGAAUUAUCUUUUUGUAGUUAAUUCAAAAAUCCAGUACAUUUUAAGCCCUGUUUUGUUGAUGAAAAUAUCUGUUAUAUAUUUGUUCAAAUCACACAUUCUUACUGUGAUAAUCACUUCCUGCCUUCCUGAUGCUGUUGCUCUUUAUAUAAAGGGACUCAUUUUGAUUCCCAAACUAUGAAAUGUGCUGACAGUGCAGCUGACAAAACCAUAAUCCCAGAACUCAAGAAUGAUCCCAGCAUUAUUUUAGUCUCGCUGGAUGUCAGUGAAGAGCUGACGCAGCAUGCCUGCGGGGAAGUUUUAAUUUGACGAGGACCUGGAAUGGAAGUCGCUCACAUCAGGACCGAGUCAGCGGAUGAUGCCCAGGAGACGUUCCUCCUCGGCGGACAGACUCCUUCAACACCUGCACUCUGUGUUUACCUGUGCCUGUGUUGGGCUUGAUGGGCCGUUAAAUAAAACAUGAUAGACAACA